AUGCGUCUAAUUCUGAUCCUCUGGGCUCUGCUGGGCGCUUCCCUUGCUCAAAAGGACCAGAAGCAAACUAAAGAAUUCUGCGAAACGAGAAUGAGCAGAACCGUGGUGUCUGAUACAACCAAAUACACCACUCACACGAAGGUUAAGUUGACCGCGAGCAAGCCAUUUUGCGACAGGACACGUAGGCAUCCAACUCUCACGGUCAAACAAGAUCCAGUCACUAGUACGGUUCUUACCAGGUCCAUUCGUACCGUUUCGGUUACCGCUCCCCAAAAGCUCAAGACGUUGACAAUCACAAAGACCAUCACCGAAACAGCCGUGACGACUCCCACUUUCCUUAAAACCGACUCGACAGUUUAUACCACAACGUCUACCCUUACCUCCACAGUUACAGUCCCGACGGUUUCUGGUUUCAUCCCUCUCGCCUCGGUAUCAGGUUUUGUUUCCCGAAAGCGAAGCCAGUCCAACCGAAGCUUGCUCAAGGAACAUGCCUUAGGAGACACUACGCGUGUUUCCCCUUUGCGAGUCUUUCCUCGCAAAGUCAAGCCCAAGGAUAAGCCCAAGGCCCUAAAGGACCCCUGUACCAUCCAGAUCGAACCCGGCGAUAAAAACUUUCCCGUCAAGCCAACUCAAUCCCGUCACGUGGUCGCGUGUUAUCAAUCCGUCCUGAUCACAAAAACCGAGCGUUUCACAAGUUGUAUACCGUGGACAAAAACGAUCACACUUGAUCAAAAAACAGUUUUAAAGCAGGACAUCACUAGAGGGUGGCUCACGACUACAGUCACAGAAGCUGAUACUACUAUGACUGCGGACGACACUGCCACGACAACUUCGACACUUACUAAAGCAACUACAACGAAAACCUUAACGGAAACUGAAACUGUGACUCGAACAGAUAUUGCUCCAGCCGAAAGUUCUUGGGCCGCUUGCAACGCUGAAAAUCUCGUCAAUGCGGCGAAUGGCGGUCAUGGGAUUAACGCAGUGAAUAUUGGAAAGAACGUCUACAACGUUCACUCACUAAUCACUCCUUAUGACUGUUGUGUUGAGUGCCAGAAGAGGUCAAAUUGCAUCUUUUCCGUUGCGUAUCAUCCCCAUUGCUACCUUAUCAUUGGUACUGCCUGUGUUCCAGGCCAUACCUUUGACACUAGCUUUACGACAUUAAAGAGAUUACUCCCCGAGAAUGGAGCUACGCUGAGUAAUGGCCCGUGUGGCCAUAUCGUAAACGCUGGAGAUAUUGGGUGA